AUGAGCGUAGUUGCGACCCUCGUUCGACCCACUGCGGUGGCGUCUCCUUCGGUCUCCAAGUCGCGUGGGCGUUUGCGAACCGACCUGCGAGCGAGCUGCGGCGACGGUGUGGCCUUCGGCGGCAUGGUUGGGUUUGGCGAAACCUACUUGCCGGCCUUCGUGCUCGCCGUGGGAUUGGGCGAACUCACCGCCGGGAUGGUCGGCAGCCUGCCCUUGGUGGCCGGCGGACUGAUGCAAACCGUGUCUCCCGCGGCGAUCCGUACGCUGGGUUCGCACAAGCGAUGGGUGCUGCUCUGUGCGGCGGUGCAAGCACUCACCUUUCUUCCCCUAGUGCUGGCUGCAGCCUUCGGGGGAAUCACCGGUCCGGCCGUGUUACUGGUGGCCGCCAUGUACUGGGGUGCCGGUUUGGCAACCGGGCCGGCGUGGAACACCUGGAUGGGAACGAUUGUUCCGCCCACGGUGCGACCUCGUUUCUUUGCAUUGCGCACACGCGGAUCGCAAGUGGCGGUCUUCUGUGGGUUUCUGACCGGCGGGCUCGCACUUCAACUGGCCGGCACGCACGAUCGGCUCAUGCUGGCCUACGGGGCGUUGUUUGCCACCGCGGGCAUCUGCCGUUUGGUUUCGGUAGGAAUGUUGGCCUGUCAGAGCGAGCCGACUCCGAUUCCGGCCAACAUGCGGAACAUUCCUUGGCGCAAAUUGCUCGUUCACCUGGGACAAGGCAGCGGCGGGCGGUUGCUGGUUUAUCUCGUGGCCGUGCAAGCCGCCGUGCAGAUGGCGGGUCCGUACUUCACGCCGUUCAUGUUUCGCAAGCUGGGGCUGAGCUACGGCCAGUUCGUGGCACUGAUCUCGGUGGCCUACUUGGCGAAGGUGAUUUCGUUACCGCUGUGGGGACAGGUGGCCCAUCGGAUUGGGGCCCGACGUUUGCUGUGGAUUGGUGGGAUUGGUAUCGCCCCACUAAGCGCCGGGUGGCUCGUUUCCGAGCAGCUUCCCUGGUUGAUGUUCGUUCAGAUUGUCGGCGGAACGACUUGGGCCGCUUACGAACUGGCGUUCUUCUUAUUGUUCUUCGAAUCGAUCGCCCAAGAAGAACGCACCAGCCUGCUCACGCUGUACAACGUGAUCAACACGAUGGCCUGGGUUGGCGGAGCGUUGAUCGGGGGCACGUUGCUGUACGUGACGGGGGCGACUUACACGAGUUACCUGUGGGUGUUCACAGCUUCGGCCGUUUGUCGGUGCCUGGCGAUUUUUCUGCUGGCCCGAAUUCCUGCGAUGGAAGUGGAGUCGAACGAGAUCGGCGUUCGUACGGUCAGUGUGCGCCCGAACUCAGGAUCGCUCGAUGCUCCUGUGCUGCCGAGCAUGCGGCUUAGUCACGAGUCCAAAGACUCAUCUGGCUUCAGCGAAGGCUCUCGGACUUCUCACCCACCGCGCGCAACGGUCUUCAUGCAAACACGCAACGCCCGAAUCGGACUGGUUCUGUUUUGCGUGUACUUGCUGCUGUAUGGCGGGUUCGUUCUGCUGAAUGCCUUCUCGCCCGACACGAUGGCGAUCAAGCCGGUGGCGGGGAUCAAUCUGGCGAUCCUGUAUGGAUUCGGCGUGAUUUACGAACCCUCGACCGUCGCCGCGGCGGCCUUCUUUCUCUUCGUGGCGAUCACGCUCGGACUGAGCUUCUACCUCGGCUCGCGGGCCAAAUCCUCGCAGGGCUACUUUGCGGCCCACGGUCAGAUUCCCUGGUUCGUCAAUGGCGUGGCGUUUGCCGGCGAUUACCUGUCGGCCGCGUCGUUUCUCGGCAUCUGUGGAAUGAUCGCCUUCUACGGCUACGACGGUUUCCUGUAUUCUAUCGGUUACCUGGCCGGCUGGAUUGUGGCCCUGUUCGUGGUGGCCGAGCCCAUGAAGCGGUUCGGUAAGUUCACCUUCGCCGACGCGCUGGACGCCAAGUUCGGAUCGCGAGGGAUCAAGCUGGCCGCGGGUGUGAGCACGCUGGCCGUGAGCGUGUUCUACCUCAUCCCGCAGAUGGUCGGCGCGGGCGUGUUGAUUCAACCGCUGUUGGGCUUCCCCCAUUGGGUCGGUGUGGUGCUGGUCGGCACGACGGUGAUUCUGAUUGUGGUGACCGCGGGCAUGGUCUCGACCACGUGGGUGCAGUUCCUCAAGGGUUCCUUGCUGGUGGUGUUCAGCGCGAUCCUCACGCUGCUGAUUCUCGGUCGCGGGUUCCAGGUCGAAUCGGGCGGCAUCGACGGGUUUCAGUUUCAAACCCUCGGGCCGUACUCGGCCGAGGCGGUGAGCGACGGCUCGGUUGGUCCGGCUGACUCAACGCUGGUACCCAAUGAAGGUGCUUGGGCCGAAACCUCUUUCCUGCGGUUCCGCAAUAACGAAACGGGUCUCAUCUCGGUGUGGAGCACCAACACCACCGAUGAAGGCACCACGCUGCGUGAAGCUCAAACUCUGACCACCACGGCAGACGGUGAAGUGCUGGUCAAUGGCCAACCCAAGGGUACGAAGAAGGGGGAACCGGAACUGCAUCCGGUCGGGUUCCUCAGCCGGCUUCCCAAUGGUGAGCAGAAGACGGGACCGCUGGGACCGGUGUCGUUUCUGAGCACGCUGGAAAAAAGCGAAGUCAUCCUGUGGGGCUCGCAAGCCGUGUCUGACGCCGAUGGCGCGACGACGACCGUUUACUACCAGAAGCCUACGCCCGGCAGUCGUGUGUUGCGGCCCGGCGAACACCCGCGGUUUGCCGGGAUUCGCAGCGACAAUCCCAUCGACAAGCUGAACUUCCUGUCGCUGAUGCUGGCCCUGUUUGGUGGCACCGCCGCCCUGCCCCACAUUUUGAUUCGCUAUUACACGGUGAAGGAUGAGGCGGCCGCCCGGAAGAGCACGAUCGUGGGGAUCGCCACCAUCGGGUUUUUCUACAUUCUCACGCUGUACUUGGGCCUGGGAGCGAUGACCAGUGGGGCGCUCGAUGUGACCAACAGCAACAUGGCCGCGCCGCUGUUGGCGAAGAGUAUCAACGAGUGGUUGUUCGCCAUCAUUUCGGCCAUUGCGUUCACCACGGUGUUGGGAACCGUGAGCGGGCUGAUUCUCGCUUCGGCCGGGGCGGUGGCCCACGACCUGAUGACCAGCGGGUUCGGCAUGCAGCUUAGCGAUCACGAGAAGGUUCGCGUCGCAAAAAUUGCUUCGGUGCUGGUCGGUGCGAUUGCGAUCGUGCUGGGCAUUUUGUUCCAGAGGCUGAACGUGAGUUACCUGGUUGGUUGGGCGUUCAGCGUGGCGGCUUCGGCCAAUCUGCCGUCGCUGGUAAUGAUCUUGUAUUGGAAGAAAGUCACCCGACAAGGUGUCAUCGCGGCGCUGAUCGUGGGCAUGGUCAGCUCGUUGGGAUGGAUUCUGCUGAGUGCCGACACGUUCACCCAGGUGUACGGGCUUCCCGCCAGUUCGGCGUUGGUACCCUUCAGCCAACCCGGCAUCGUUACGAUCCCGCUGGGGUUCAUCACGCUGAUUGGUGUCUCGCUGGCGACGCAACCAAAAAGCGGAAACUAA